UCGAUCUCCACCUGACACAUAAAACGGUAUCCGGACAUUUCCCUCCUAAUUAGUAUUAAUUCCUUAUGAGCAAGCAAAAAUGGCACCAAGGGGCUCAAGAAACGCAUCUAAAGAGAAGCACCAGGAGGAAUUAAGCAGGGUAUUCCGAGGACGCAAAAUUACUCUCUUCAUUCAACAAGUUGAGAAAGAAGCGCAAGAACGAAUGAUGGAACUGGAGAGCAGACUCGACAACACACUAGCAAAUAUCGACAGAGUAUUUAAAGUGGAGCUCAUGAAGUUGCCGCCUUCUAUUCGGAACAUGCGUUUUGUGGAUUUGACUGAAGAAUUGUCAGCCAGCGAGGUGUCGUUAGCUGUGCAGCAGCAGGAGUCCCCAGAGAUGAAACAACGGACCCUCGAGAGGGUCCCGAGCACCAAAGGAAAAUCAACACCGCUUCAAGACAGCUUGACUGCAAUGAACUCUGGGAGGACACUCAAGGUGGCAAAAGAAGCAAGGGCCCGUAACCUUACAGCCAGCGGUAUGAGUACAGGAAACCUGAGGACUUUGUCUUCCAUCAAAGGAGGACCCUUGACAAAGUCCAGCGACAGACUGACCCGAAGAAAACUCAGGUCCGUGGUCUCUACGGGAGAGUUGGACUGCGCAGUGGCCGGAUCUGCAGCGCACGUCACUGUAACCACGGGACGUGGACAGACGGUGUCCUUUUCGGAAGCGACCAAGGACGAAAUCAACUUUGACCUGUUGGAUGAAGUGGCGUUGCGUCGAAUGCAGGAGCUUUCGGUUAAGUGCUGCCUCAGAAUAUUUUCUUGCGGGAACAGGCCAACAUGGUUAAUGCUUUCUGUCUGACUUCACAGAAACUGAUAGAAUAUGUGUCGGGAAGAGGUCGUUGCCACAGAUGAGACUACUUCUAUUUUAAUGUAUUUUGUUUAUUUUUUUUAUAGUUAUA